AAUGCAUUAUUAAUAUGCAAACAAUCUACAUCAAUCCUUUUUAUGCUUGUAAGCUUUUAUUGUAUAAAUCUUGAUGAAUUUCAAUCAUUUUUCCGUUCACUUUCAGUUGAUGAAAGCAGCAUUCUCGUUCGGAAAUGUACUCUACAGACGAAAACAGAUAAUUAACUAAUAGGAUGACACAAAGCAAAGUCAAAUUGCAUUUCUUGGAUAAUUUAUUUACAAAAUUUCGAAUCACUCUUCACUCUCGAUUAAUUUCAUUAUUAUGAUUGUAAUCGUUAUAGCAACUAUUAUUAAAAAAUGCAUGAACCAAGUUUAAUCAAACAUAUUCUAGCUCAGUCUCACCUACCGUUAGUAUCUAAAAUGACUGCUCGACUAAAUAUUAAUACAGUAGUAAAUGGGGUGAAGAAUUUGUAACUGCAGUAAUAGAAAACUUGAUACCUGAACAUUAAUGAAAUUCAGUAAUAGUCAAGGUUAUUGACAUCGAUUCAAUAAAGAUUCCUAUAAUAUAAAUUACAUUGUAUUUGAAAAACAAAAAUCAUUGGAAGUAGUGCCACAGGUACUUAUAUUUUUGAAAAAAACGCGUUUAAUUUAUAAUUUCGUUUUCUAACAAUUGAAUCUAUAAUAUGUAUUUGUUGCUUCUUUAAUCUAUGAAAUCACUUGCAUGGUUUUAAAACCUUUUGAUAAUAUUCUUGAUUCUUUUGCUUCAUUUCUGGGAGGUAAUCUUUUCUGAUAGUGGAGCUUCUCCAUAUACACACACAAGUGGCCUAUUUAUAUUUAUUCAUAUCGUGGUUUGAAUAACUUUUCAAAGCGUAAAACAACUCUAUCUAUUUCAAUAUUUAUUAUAAAACUGAAACAACUAAAUAAUGAACUAUUCUGUGUAUAUAUGGUAAAACUUAUGAUUUCCAACAACAUCGCAGCUUACUCUGUACAUAGUUCCCAAAACUCAAACUUCUUUUCCCCACCACAGUGAAUGAAAAAAGAAAACUUCCCCAAACCACCCCAAUUAUUUCUCUGAAAAGGGUUUUCCCCCAUUAACUCUAACGACGCCAAUUCCCUGAGAUAAUCCCACCAUGAUUACAAUUUUCCUCUGAGAGGUAUAAUCAUUUUCGUGAAAUUAUAUAAUUAGUUCGUUUCUCUGACUCUCUUUAGGUGAUAAUAAUCUCCAGUGAUGAGUCAAUAAUGACCAGAUAGUAACUGCUUAUUUUUUUUGGUAAGAUGAUCACGUGAAAUAGGGUAAUUAUAUCAGAAAUAAAACAGAAUUGAAGUGGGAAAAGGAAGGUUUAUAAUUGUGGACGGUCGGAGAAAGAGACUUCUAUUGUCGGCCAGUCUCUUCAGGUUGGAAGCUCAAACUGGGAGGAAGACUCAAGCUUCAAAACUAAAACAAAAGUUAGGCCUUAUUUGUGGCCACAGGGAGAAGGGCUUCAGUGAUUCCACUAAGAAAGGGCAGAAUAGACCAUAUAGACAGACCAUUGUUCUAUCGAAAACUCUACUUGAAAUUGUUGUGAAGUAUUGGCAAAGAAUUCGGUGGCUUUUAAAGGCGAUGAUAUGGAUGAAAAGCACAGAACUGAUUCGCAAGUACAUAAAUCUUCUACGCUACGACAAUGGAAGUCCUGUACCAUUCAUUCUGGGACUAUUCACAGCAGGCCUGGUACUCGCCAACCUAUUCAUGGUACUCUUCAAAGAAAACUACAACCUCGAAAAAUGCUCACUGGCCGUCAAAGACGUACUCACAGUUCUGGCGUUGUUCUCAUGCACUAUUAAACGGUUGUUAGAUCCAGAGGAAAGUAUCCGAUUGACAAAGUUGAUUGAGGAGGAAUAUUUUGUGGAUUGUUGUCGUAUCGGAGGUACAAAAUGGCGGAGGAUUAAACUGUUGUACCAGGAGAAACGGAAAGAUUUGGAAUCCUCUAGCGAAACAAUCAUUAUUCUCAUACAUUUUGCGUACCUGGGGUUUAUAUUGAGGUACCUAGUCUUAGAACUAGUGGGGGCUAGUCUCAAAGAUGACCCCCGUGGUUUCCCCUCCCCCCUCGUCCACUUCAACCCUGCAGAAUACCCUGACCUACAAUUUUCUAUCUACAUUUUUGCACUGCACAGUUUUCUGAUACUGUUUCUAGCUUUGGAAGGUUUCGGUGGCUAUGCUUCACUGUGGCUUUGUGUGAAAAAAAUAAUGACCGAUUUUGAGAGUAUCUAUAUACUUUUGGAGGAGGUGGGGAAAGAUCACCCAGGGAUGGAAGUUAGGGAGUAUUUCGAGAAGUUGAGAAUUUUGGAAAGUGGAGGGAGGAGCAGUCGUGUAGAUGAGAUGGUAGAUGGAAAAGUCGGAGAGAAUCUUUAUUGGACCGAUGAUGUUAACGCUGAGGAGAAACUUCGUGCAGAUACCAGGCUUAUUGUGGAAUUUCAUCAAAAUCUCAACCGGAACCAGAAUGAUUGCGCAACAAUUUCCGGAUUCAGUAUUUCGGUUAUGAGUUUUCUAGUGGCCUUGGAUACAUGCUUCAAUAUAUUUCUCAUGCUGCAGGCAAACAACCCGAAGGUGUUUAUGAACUAUGCUGCAGCCUGUGUGUGUACUAACAUCCCACUCCUACUCAAUUACUACAUUGGUCAACAAAUUUCAAAUCAAAAUGAAAUAUUUCGUCAGAACCUAGCGGAGCUACCCUGGAUAGACAAACCCCAUUGGUUCAAACAGAGCAUGAUGACUAUGAUGACUAGAGCCAACGUCGACACUCAGUUCAAACCAUACGGAAUCUUCGUUCUCAAUCUCACAUCCUACAAAGAUGCUAAUGACUUACAGACUAGUUUCAACUAUGCCUUCGCAUGCUUCUUCAUCAACCUCAUUGUAUUUUUCUCUUAUCAUACUGGCCAGAGAAUAGUCAACCAGAAUGACAUUUUGCGAAGAUCUUUGAACGAUAUUUCUUGGAUUGACAAGCCCCAUUGGUUCAAGCAAAGUCUGCAUAUUAUGAUGGCCAGAGCUAAUGUUGAUACUGAGAUGAAACCAUACGGCAUUUAUGUAUUGAAUUACAUGUCUUUCAAGAAUAUAAUGAAGGCUGCAUUAUCCUUUGGACAUUUUCUGUAUACCACCAAGUUGAAAGGUCAAAUACAACAGUAAUACGAAAUAAUCGGUUUCCAAAUGGAGAGUAAUAAAAAUCAUGUAGAUUGAUAGUCGCUCUUUAAAGAAGCAGUAAUAUAUUGAACAUAUCAGUGUAAUAAGGAAAGCAUCAAGGCGUGAAGGAAUUAUUCACGAAUAAUUUUAAAUUGAUUAAAACUUUGGAAUAUUAGAUAAAAUUUAUUCUUAUUCCUUUCCAAUAAUCUAUUAUAAUGUAUAAUGCGUGUGUUCGUGUAUGUCUUUGUCAAAAGUAAUUUCAAUAAUUUUGUGGUUGGUCAGUAGUACGGUAUGCUAUUAUAUAAUGGAUACUUGAAUAGACUUGAAACGUUUCAAAAAACCACUUAAAUUAAAGUGGCUUUUUGACAACGUUUCAAGUCUAUUCAAUUAUGGAAAAGUUCCACAACAUCAACAUUCACGCUACAAACUUAUAUAUAUGGAUACGUUUGGUAGUAUAUGGAACACAUUCUAAAAACCUGUGGUCCUGCGGUACACCCAGUGACUAAAGUACUUGGUACGCCUUGUGGUAUAUUACAAAUGCAUGGAAUAAGCAGGACUUAUAAAUUGGACCAUAGUAAUAAUAAUUUUCAGCUCUACCUGAUCAUUUGCAUUGCUACGACUAAAAGAAAAAAGAAGAAUAAGAAGUGGAUUGAGUUGAGAAUAAAAAUUAAUAUAUUAUUGUUAUGCUAUCCACUUCAGGCACUUAUCAUACCUGUAGUACCGUCUGGCGAUAUAAACCUCUAUUACGGUACCGGUAUAUCAAAAAAUUUAAAGCUUAAAUUGAAUUAUUCAAAGUCCAAUUCAUCCAGUGCUAUCCUGCAUAGAUGAAUAAUUGAAAGAUAAUUAUUAUGCUACUGUAUUAAUUUCUUAUACUAGUAUUAUCUAAAAACAAUGUUGAAAUAUAAAUUAUGUGAAUAUUAUCCUCUAAUAAUGUAUUACUAUGUACACAAAUAAAUACUAUGUAUGCAAAUAAAAAUGUUCAACACAUUGAAACUUGUUUUGAUGUAGGCUGGAUUAGAAUUGGAAUUAUAAUUCAAUGGAGUUCAAUCGCAUCCAGAUCUAUUAGUUUGAUGUUACAAUAUUAUAGAAUAAAUAAAAAUAAUUAAAAACUAUGAUAGUCAUUUAGCCGUAUUAAAGUUAGUGAUUACAAAUUUGUUUUUACUUUUUAAAUUUAUAUUUUUAGCCUGUAAAUGACCACAGUUCAUGAUGUAAUUUAAAAUAAAAAGUAUUUCAGAUACUAAAACCUAUUUUAUCAAUUCAAUUUAUUAAAAUUAUCAUUUGUAAAUAAUAUACAAAACUAUUCCUGCCUCUUCAUACUUGGAAUAUCAAUAAAUUUCCUUUUGGCGGCAUUAUUUUGAAUUUGAGUGCAGUUUAACAGUUGACCACAUGUAGCGCUGCACGUCUGAAUCGCAGCGUGUGAUUGGCCACUUCGAAAGUAGUACAGACAUUUGUCGGCUUCCCGCCGUUGUUAUUGUGCAGACCCCUCUAGA